AUGGACGCAAGCCGACCCUGGCUGGAGAGGCUCCCUGUCGAGCUUCUCCACGAGAUCAGCACCUAUCUUGAGGGACCCGAUCUCAUCGCCCUUCGACAGACCUCUUCUCAGGUGUCAGCCGGAGCAUCGAUGCCGUUUGGUGAUCACUUCUUCGGAACCAUUACAACCGACCUCUACUGGGACAGCCUGCCCAGGCUGCUCGCGGCCACGCGCUUCGAGGGGCCCCGCCACCGGGUCCGCGUGCUGCACAUCACGACCUGGCACGACUACGUCCCAUAUCGGUCGCGACACCUGCACAUCACGACCUGGCACGACGGCGUUCCAUAUCGGUCGCGACGCCACAACCAGCUGCAAUACUGGCGGCGCAAUGGCGACGGCGCCAUCAUAUUCGAGAGCCCCAUGGCGCAGGCGGUGCUGGCGGGCAUCCGCGACGGCUUCCCCGGCUGCCGGUCCCUCGUCGUCGACGACGCCAAUGGGGCCGGGCCCGACCGGCCGAUCCUCGCCAGGCGCCGCAUGAGCGGGACCGACUGCCUCGCUCUCGCGGUGGCGCUCGCGGGCACGUUGCCGGUAACGUCUCUGACAGUCACUUUGGCCAGCUACGGUCUCGAGGAGUACCGCAUCAACCCCUCGGUGCUGGGUCGCGCCGAUUGGAACGCGCUGGAGACGCUCCGCUUUGAGGUUCGUAGGAUUAUUAGCACCGCAGGCCCACAGGCCGGCGAAAAAGAGGUGACAAGCAGCAGCCGCCCCGCGUGGGUAGUCGACCACCGCGGCAUCGGCGCCAUCCAGACAUUUAUCCACAGCCUGCUUUCCUCUGCCCCGAACCUCCAGACCGUCCAGAUCGGAGGCGAUAGGAGCAUGGACUACUGCAUCCCGCUAUUGUCUGAGCAGGGGCGGACAAUCCGCCACCUGACCCUAGGAGGAUAUACAUUCCACUCCAGCUACGUGCCGAUGAGGGUGCUUAAUGACUGGAUGGCCUCCUACUCCGGCGGUGACAAGCUAGAGUCGCUGGAAUUUGUCAACAUCAACGCCACCCGGGUCGGUGAUUUUAGACCGUGGAAACCGUUCCUGUCCAGAAUCCACGCCACAUUCCCCAACCUCCAGAGGUUCAAGCUGAUGAACUGCCGGGUACACCCCCUUAGACACGGUCGCAUGUUCCUCUGCGCGCUCCUCCCAAGUCUGACCGCCAGGCUGGGCCCCGGCCUGGAUAGCCCUUACAGCCACGAGUACAGUGACGCACGCUGGGUCACCAUCUCGGACGAGCAUGGCGGCACGUUCCGGAUCCUUUCCGAGCCCCGUCGCGCCUAUGACCGUAACGGGGAGCGAAAGGGCCCGAGGCUUCACGAUCUUGGUGUGGAAUACAAGCUUGGGCCCUCGGGGACGGCCGAGGGUAUGAAAUGCGCGCUGAGCGAUAUCGCAGAGAGCAUCGGGAAUCGUGAUGACCUCUUUCAUGAUGAUGAAUGCACAGGAAGACCGGUCCCGGGCGCGGAUCAGGAGGCCUGA